AUGCUUCACGUUCUCCUUCCGCUCCCUCUCUCCCUCGCCGCCGCGUCGCCGCCACCGCCGCAUAUCGUCGUCGUCGGCGGAGGCUGGGCCGGCUACACGGCGGCCGAGGCGCUGUCUGCCGACCCUGCCUGCAAAGUCACGCUGCUCGAGGCCUCGCCACGUGCUGCGGGAGGCCUCGCUGGCGGCUGGCGAACGCCGGGCGGGCGACCGGUCGAGGCUGGCAUCCACGGCUUCUGGCGCGAGUACAAGAACACGUUCAAGGUGAUUGAUGAUAUUGGCCUCGACGCCGACGAGGUCCUUGGCCCGUUCACGCCCUCCGCCCUCGUCAGCAAGAAUGGCCCAGUUGCAGUGGCGCCGGUCUUGGCGACCGCAGAAGCAUCGACGACGGCGGCCACGACACCCGACGCCUUGCUCGAGCUGCUCCGCCGCGCGUCCAUGCCAGGCGCCGACCCGCUAAAGCAGAUCGCCGACCUGCUCCCCGCGCCGCUCGACACCGCGCUGCUAGCAGAAUUCUCUGAGCGCUCCCCGUUGAGCCUGCUGGACCGCGCCUCGGGAGUCGGCCUACUCGCUUGCUGGGCCGACUUCCGGCAGGAGGAUGCCGACUCGUGGGCGCGGUACGACGACGUGUCGGCGGAGACUCUGUUCAAGGACUAUGGCGGCGUGACCGAUCCUCUCUAUGACGAGCUGGUGGCGCCGCUGCUGCACGUGCUGCCCAUGGGGCCCGGCUACGACAUCUCAGCGGCCGCCGCACUCUCGUGCUUCCACGUCUUCGCGCUGCAGUCGCGUGGUGCCUUCGACGUCCGCUGGUGCCGCGGUGGCAUCACGGAGAAGAUCUUUCGCCCGUGGCAGGAGCGGCUCGAGGCGCGCGGCAACGUCGUCUUGCGGGGCGGCGCUCGCGUCAGCGGCAUCGCCCCUGCCGGGGCGGUGGACGGCGCGGCGGCGGUGGACGGCGCGGCGGCCACGGCUACGGGUUGCGGGGGGCUGCUCGUGCAGGUCCUUGGCGACGAGACGCCCCUCGCUUGCGACGCCAUCGUGCUCGCCGUCGGCGCCACAUCGGCCGCGCGGCUGUGCGAGUCCUCGCCGCUGCUCGCAUCGCUGCCUGCGACGCAGCGCUUUGGCGAGCUCCGCGGCGUCACGUGCGUAGCGGUUCGCGUCUACCUGCAGCCCGCCCCGCGAACGACCGGCUUGCUGGGCGGCUCCCAUGCAUCCACGCUGCUGCCGCCCGCGGUCGCUGCGGCGAUGCGAGCCUCGCCGGUGACCGUCUGCGGCCCGGAGAUCGGCGGGAUGGCAGAGCUGUCUGAGGCGGGCUUCUGCGUCUACGACUUGCAGCGCAUGCACGACGAGCACGCUGCCGGCGAUCUCGCGGUUCUCGAGGUCGACUUUUACCGCGCGGAGCGCAUCGCGGACGUCGACGACGACCACGCUGUCGCCCGCCUCGCAUUGGAGGCCGCCGCCGCCGCGCUCGGUGUGCCCGCCGCGACGCUGGAUCCGUCGCUCAUCGUCGACGUUGCCGUCGUGCGGGCGAGGCGUGCGGUCUCGCAUUUCGCGCUCGGCUCGGCGGCUCUCUCCCCGGGGCUGCGCCUCGGCGAGGGCGUGUACGCAUGCGGCGACUGGGUCGACCGCACAGGCCACGCGUCAUGGAGCACCGAGAAGGCAGUCGUCACCGGCCGGCAAGCCGCGGCUGCCGUCGGCCGCUCCCUCGGGCUGCGAGCGGUCGAUGCGCAAGUCAUCCCGGCGGCGGAGGACACGCCGCAGCUUGCGGUUCUCCGGAAGAUCUCCGCGGCGCUUCGGGCGGCGGCGCCGACAGGGACGGCCCUGCCCCCGCCCGCGCCGUGGGCGGCGCUGCUCAAGGCGGUGUCUUCGCAACGAUAGCACGCAAAAUAGCGGGCGCCGCUGGCACGCUUGCAGAAUCGCGGCGCGUGCGAGGCGAAAGUACGGUCAGACGAACGAGUGUACAAGUGUGCGUGCAAUAGUAGUGCGCACCGAUAGCGAGUAGGGAUGUGUACGCGGCGGCAUGCAUGAUGGGGCGGGUGACCCCC